AGGUCGAGUAGGAAAGGAAGAGAGAUUAGGCAAAAUCAUCGAUCCCCAAAUUCGUAGAAACUUUGAUUCUUCUCUUUCAUCCCCAAAUCACUCUGCUCUCCGCCUCGCCGUUUGAUCUGAUCGAUUCUGAAUUCAGCUUUUCUCCGGUCGCUUCCGCUUGACUUCAUAGUUUCUUUGUAGAUUUUCUUCGUGGCUGUGUGUUUUGACGAUCGUCAACUCUGUGUCUGUUGGAUUGAGGAGUGAUGUAUAUCGAAGACGUGACGGAGAAGGAAGAGAGAUCGGCGGAGGAGGUUAGCGUAGAGGAUGGAGAUAAGGCGAUAGUGGUGACGACGAAGAUGGCACUGGUUGGUGUAGGUGCGCGUGCCUUGUUCUAUCCAACUUUGGUUUACAACGUUGUUAGGAAUAAGGUUGAGGCUGAGUUUCAUUGGUGGGAUAGGGUCGCUCAGUUUAUAUUACUUGGAGCUGUUCCGUUUCCGUCUGAUGUUCCGCGGCUGAAGGAGCUUGGUGUUUGUGGAGUCAUCACUCUGAAUGAGCCUUAUGAGACUUUGGUUCCAUCGUCUCUCUACAAAUCUUAUUGCAUUGACCAUCUGGUGAUUGCCACGAGGGAUUAUUGUUUUGCACCUUCCAUGGAAGCCAUAUGCCAAGCUGUAGAGUUUAUCCAUAGAAAUGCUUCACUUGGGAAGACGACUUAUGUUCACUGCAAGGCGGGUCGUGGCCGCAGUACAACCGUCGUCAUAUGCUACUUGGUGCAACACAAACACAUGACACCUGAAGAAGCAUAUGCCUACGUGAAGUCAAUCAGGCCUAGAGUAAAAUUAGCCACCGCUCAAUGGAAGGCUGUUCUUGAGUACUACCAUGUCAAGGUGCUGAAUACUCAGAGUUCCUUAACUGAUGCAACUUCAGCUUUGAUCCCAAGUAAUGUAAAGCAGGUUUGUUCUGGGAAUGUGGUUGUGUUUGAGGAUGGGUCGAUGGUGGUAGUGACCCACUCGGAUGUAGAGGGCUAUGAUGAUGACUCAAAGAGGUCAAUGAAUGUUGCUGGGAACGAGUUAUGGGUGAAAGUGGUGGGGCAGGCUGCAUUGGCGAGGAUCUCAUGCUUGUGGCUUGGCUUGCGUCACGACCACAAGCUUUCUCGGAAAAAUCUUUCCAUGAGUGGUAUAAGAGUCGACAUUUCUGUCUACUAAUGAUGAUAAAUAAAGAAUGAUGCAGGUGAGUCUGCUGGUGAAUAUGUGCCUCUCCAGUGACAAUAGUUAAUAAAUAAAAAGGGACCAGAUUAGAUAUAGCAGAAAAGAUAGGGUUUGUAAAUUCUGGAAACAUUUGUAAUUAAAUACUAACCUGUCCCUCAUUAAUCUUUGAUGAGGAAAAAAAACCAUGAAUUAAUCUCAUUUUCAAGUAUCA